CUCCACCAUGGUUCGUCUCUCCGCUGCGCUGGCGGCUGUCUUGCCAUUGGUGCUCGCGCAAAACGGCACCAACAGCACGACGCCCGCCGAAAGUGCGACUUCUCCGCCGAAAUACCCUUCGCCGUGGGGUGAGGGUCUCGGCGAUUGGGCCGACUCGUAUGAGAAGGCUCGCGCGUUUGUGUCGCAGCUCACAUUGCUCGAGAAGGUCAAUCUCACCACCGGUGUCGGCUGGCAGAGCGAGAAAUGUGUCGGAAAUGUGGGAGAGAUUCCACGACUCGGCUUCCGAGCACUGUGUCUCCAAGACUCGCCUCUCGGAAUUCGAUUCGCCGACUUUGCCUCUGCUUUCCCCGCCGGUGUUACUGUGGCUUCAACAUGGGACCGCGGCAUCAUGUAUCAGCAAGGUGUGGACAUGGGCACCGAGCACAAGAUGAAGGGGAUUGAUGUCCAGCUUGGACCCGUGGUGGGACCGAUUGGUCGUCAUCCAGAAGGUGGUCGCAACUGGGAAGGUUUCUCGCCGGAUCCUGCUUUGGCUGGUAUUGCUGUGGGUGAGACUAUCAAGGGGAUCCAGAGUGCUGGUGUCAUUGCUUGCACCAAGCAUUACAUUCUCAACGAGCAAGAGCAUUUCCGUCAGCCUUCGACCCUCGAGGACGGCACCAACUUGCCGGCCAUCUCCUCCAACCUCGACGAUGUCACCAUGCACGAGCUUUAUCUUUGGCCAUUCGCGGAUGCUGUUCGUGCCGGUACUGGGUCCAUCAUGUGCUCAUACCAGCAGAUCAACAACAGCUACGGCUGCCAGAACUCGUACGCGCUGAACUACCUCCUCAAGAAUGAGCUGGGAUUCCAAGGCUUCGUUGUGAGCGAUUGGCAGGCACAACACUCCGGAGUGGCCUCCGCUCUUGCCGGUCUCGACAUGACCAUGCCCGGUGAUGUGACCUUCAACUCCAUGUCCUCGUACUGGGGUACCAACUUGACCAUCGCUGUCCUCAACGGCACCAUCCCACAAUGGCGUAUCGACGACAUGGCUGUCCGCAUUGUCGCCGCGUGGUACUACGUUGGCCGUGACGAGAACCAGGUCGAGGAUGCACCAAACUUCUCCUCGUGGACCCAGGACACCUUUGGAUUCAAGAACUUCUACGCCAAGGAGGACUACACUCUGGUCAAUGAGCACGUCGACGUCCGUGGCGAGCAUGCACGCAACAUCCGCGAGACAGCUGUCAAGGGCACAGUCUUGCUCAAGAACACCGGUUCUCUGCCGUUGACUGGCAAGGAGAAGCUCACCGCUGUCUUUGGAUCCGAUGCUGGCGAGAACCAGUACGGACCGAACGGAUGCGCCGAUCGUGGAUGUGACAACGGCACUCUGGCCAUGGGCUGGGGAUCUGGUACUGCUCAAUUCCCAUACCUGAUCACUCCUUUGGAAGCCAUCAAGGCUGAGGUCCGGAGCAACGGCGGCGCCAUCGAGUCGGUCAUUGACGACUACGCAUACUCCCAGAUCGCCGCUCUUGCUCGUCGCAUUCCUGACGUCGCUGGCGUGUCCCUCGUCUUCGUCAACGCCGAUGCAGGAGAAGGAUAUAUCAGUGUCGAUGGGAACCUGGGCGAUCGCAACAACCUCACGAUCUGGCACAACGGCGACACUCUGAUCCAGAACGUCACCAGCCAGUGCAACAACACCGUGGUCAUCAUUCACUCCGUCGGUCCGGUGCUCGUCAACGACUGGUACGAGAACCCCAACGUUACUGCCAUUAUCUACGCCGGCAUCCCCGGACAAGAGAGCGGCAACGCCAUCACGGAUAUCCUCUACGGAAAGCGUAACCCCGGUGGCAAGACUCCAUUCACUUGGGGUUCCGACCGCACCGAGUGGGGUGUCGACAUCGUCUACGAGCCCAACAAUGGCGCCGACGCCCCACAAGAGACCUUCUCCGAGGGUGUCUUCAUCGACUACCGCGCCUUCGACAAAGCCAACAUCACCCCCGUCUUCGAAUUCGGCUUCGGUCUCUCCUACACCACCUUCAACUUCUCCAACCUCCAAAUCGAAGCCAAGUCCGUCGCACCCUACGUCCCGACCGACGGCAACACACCCGCCGCUCCCUCGUACGGAACCAUCGACAACGACACUUCCGCCUACCUCUUCCCUGCCAACGCGACCCGUGUGUACGCGUACAUCUACCCGUACCUCAACUCCACCGACCUGCAAGACUCCUCCGCGGACCCGUACUACAACGCCGAGGGCUACUCUCUUCCAGACGACGCCACGAACGGUAACGCCCAGCCAUACCUCCCCGCUGGCAGCAACGUCGCGCCGGGUGGUAACACAGCGCUUUACGAUGUCUUGUUCAGUGUCUCCGCGACCAUCACGAAUACCGGCAAGGUCGUCGGCGAGGAGGUGCCGCAAGUCUAUGUCAGCCUGGGAGGACCGAAUGACCCCAAGGUCGUGUUGAGACAGUUUGAUCGGUUGAGUAUCGAGCCGGGUGAGAGUGUGGUGUACACGGCGGACUUGACGAGGAGGGACUUGAGUAACUGGGAUACCGCGAGCCAGAACUGGGUUAUUUCGGAUUAUCCCAAGACGGUGUACGUGGGGUGUUCGAGUAGGGAUUUGCCGCUUAGUGGGGAGUUGAAGUUGGCGAGUGGUAGUCCGGGUGGGUAUUAG